UUCCUAAUGACGAGAUCCCAAUGAUUAAUCUCAUUCCUCAUCAGUCUGAGUAUGAUACUGGUAGUAACAUUACCCUCUCAUGUUCUGUCACUUAUCUCAUUGACAUUGAUACUAGUUUGACUCUACAAUGGUUCAAUUCAUCUAAUCACACUCUUAACUCCAGUACCAUUAUCAAUAAUAAUAAUGGACGCACUCUUAACUACACUAUUAGUAAUGCAAGACUAUCUGAUGCUGGACAGUAUACUUGUUCCUUCUUCAUUAAUACCAGUGUCCCUUAUAUAGUUAAUAGCAAUACUACCAGAAAUUUUACCAUCAUUAAUAUAAAAAUACCAAAUGACAUCACUCCAUAUAUACUGAUCCAUCCCUCCAAAUCCUACUAUAAUGUUAAUGAUAGCAUUACUCUCUCUUGCAUUAUCAAUUAUACUACUAAUCACCUUAUUGAUGUUAAUACUACUGUGAACAUACAAUGGCUCAAUGAUAGUCUGGACUCAUAUACUGAACUCAAUGAUCAAGGCCAACACUCUUUUGAUUACACUAUUAGUAAUGCAAGACUAACUGAUGCUGGACGGUAUACUUGUUCCUUCUUUCUUAAUGCAACAAUGAACAAUGAUGUCAUACACAGUAAAAUAAAUUAUAAUUUCACAAGUAUUACGGUUAAAAUUCCUAAUGGUGAAAACCCCUCGGUUAAUCAGUUAAAACCUUACUAUAGUGUUGGUGACAGUAUUACCCUAACUUGUAAUGCCACUUAUCCUUCUUAUAUUGCUACUAAUAUGAACAUGCAAUGGCUCAAUUCCUCUAAUCACACUCUUCACUCAUAUACUGGUAUCAAUAAUAAUACUGAACACACUAUCAGUUACACUAUCAAUGAUGUAUCAUUAUCUGAUGCUAAAGAAUAUACUUGUCAAUACAAUAUAAGUUCUAAUAAUUCAUUUGUUCUACCCAGUGAUAACAUGAGAAAUUCAACUGAUGUUUCAAUUCAAA